AGCACGUGUUCGCGCCACCUUCGUCAACACGACUGUCCACUCAGCGCCCGUAAUCAACCAUCUGCACGCGCCGCAGAGAGGCGCAGAUGAUACUCAAAUUCAAGAUGGAAGAGGAGGUGGUGGGGAACGGGGGCCACAGACCCAUCAUUCAUUGCGCGGCCCUGCUACCCUCCUCGCAGCCUCAACAACGCACCUGCGAGGCACGAGUACAGUUACUUCACGGCCAAUGGAUCUCCUCCAACGCAUCCGCACCACUCCCCCUCCCGCCGCCCGUCCAUCCCAGCGCCGUCCCGACGUUGCCGUAGUGCGCCAGAGCCAUGCAUGCCACGUGAGGAGAAAGGGGAGGGGAUAGCCUGACCGACGACUCGCCGCUGCAUUCUUCCUAUGGGGGCCGAGCCGUGCCCAGAUCCAAGUACUCGCAGGUGUCAGUUUGCAGGCCGGGAAACAUCUAUUCGUGGAGGAGAAUGAUGUGAUGAUGAUGAUGCAUGCACAUGAAUCGAAAAUUUGUACGGUACACGCGCCAUGCUGGUGAUCUGUCGACUAAACUGUCCUUCUCCGCCUGACGCGCCGCUCGCGCUUGAGAGUGGAGAAUGUUUUCUUCUUUUCCCUUCUCUUCUAGAAGAGUUCAAAAAAAGAAGAAGAAAAAAGCUUGUCUUUCUCUCGUCCGAGUAGCUGACUCGUUUGUUUCGUUG